AUGAAGAAGGCACCGUCCUCUCCAAGUUCACCGGAUGUGGAAGAAGAACCUCCAGACUCCUCUCUCCUCUCUCCUCUCUCCGCCUCCUCCUCCUCCCAACCCAACUCCGCCCACUGCUGGAACUGCACCGCCGCCGCUUCUACGACGCCGUUUCUACUCUGCCCUUCCUGUCGCUGCAUCCAGACCGUCGAUUACUUCCAGAUUUUCCGACUGGAGAGGAAGUAUGAUAGUGUGGAGGGAACAUUAGAGGGGAAGUAUAAGGAGUGGCAGAAGAAGUUGCACCCUGAUCUUGUUCAUUCGAAGUCGGAGAAGGAGAGAGAGUACGCUGCGGAGCAGUCUGCUCGGGUGAUUGAUGCAUACCGGACUCUUAGCAACCCCUUGGCGAGGGCAAUUUAUAUUCUGAAGCUUGAAGGUGUAGACAUUGAUGAAGAGGAGACACUUACAGACUUGGAUUUAUUAAGUGAGAUUAUGGAAAUAAGGGAAGCUGUUGAAGAGGCUUCUGACGCACAGGCGUUAAAUCAAAUUCAGACUCAGAUGCAAGAAAAACUGAAGGAGUGGUCUAAUAAUUUUUCCAAGACAUUUGAGAGCCGGAACUUUGAAGAAGCCGUAAAAGCUAUUCGGCAUAUGACUUACUAUGAGCGUGUAAUGAAGAAAUUGUAAAGAGACGGUAAUGCAGGUAGUACUAUACUCUUCAACGAAAUCGUCAUUAUAGACUAUAGAGAGAAUGGUUAUACGAGCAACCAUAAAGGUCAAAUUGUGCCAACAGUUCUAUAUGAAGAGAUAUGCAUUCUGGAAACUUUUUAUUUUAUUUUAUUUUAUCUUGUUAUGUUAUUAUCCUGUAAUCUUAUGUAAUAGAUCAGAUAUGCCUAGAAAUUUUGUGUUAGUGCAGGAUCCCUUAUCUUUAACUUAUUGACAGACGAGUAUUACUUUCAGGGUUGGGCAUGUGAAA